GAUAUUUUAUGCAGUUGCAAUUCAAAACACAUUUAGAGACAUUUUAAUGUUCUUAUAUCUCGGAUCUCUUCGGUUAAUAAGCGCCUAUACCUGUUCAAUAUUUCCCUUUGUUCGCACAUUCCGUCGGUUCCAAGCAUUUUCAAUCACAAAACACGCCAAUACCAUUGCAAGUACAGCAUUCCCAUUGCUCCUGAAGAAGCGUCGGUUUGGAACUUCUAUUGCCCCCCAAACGAUCGCAUGAUCAACACACUGCCAUACGGACCUGGUACCAUACCAUGGUUUAAGGUGUGCUUCAUGUUCGUUUGUUUCAAAAACUGUCCCCAUCAGCACAAUAACCACCACGCCACGUUUUCUGUCACCUGAAUCAACUCGCGAUCGUCGUGCCAGCGUCGUGGUUGCGGUGUGUUAUCGUUUUACAUUCGUUAAAGCGAUCGGAAUAGCACACCUAGCACACACACAUACUCAUACAGAUACCACCGGUGCCAUCGUGCUCCCAAAAACUGUACGCGCGCAACGUAACACCCCCUCUAGGCUAGCCGUGGGUUCCAUUUCAACCUGACGAACUUGGCGGGUGCCAGCGGGACACGCAAGCCUGACAGACAGCCGACCGUUCAGACCUCGUCCGAUGUCGACAGAAAUGACAAGGCCUAGAUCAACACCAUUGGUCUGCACCGGCCAGGCAAGGCACAAAGUGUGGCUGUGCGUGUUGUGUGAUGGAAGCACGAGCACGGAUGGAACUCGUUAGCCCCCCGUGGCCGUCGGAAGAUUGGGUUGGCUAUUUUCGGGAAUUCGCUUUCCGGGACUUCACAAGACCAUUGUCCCGCCGCUUGCGGCUUGCUGCUUCAUUCACUGUUUUACGGUCGCGGAGAGUGGUAAUGAGUUUGGUGAAGCGUCGUGGACGUGAAUUCGGUGCCGGUGCGGGUGUGACCACCGGUACGCUGGUUCUCUCGAUAGUGCUGAGUGUUGUGGUGUUGUGUGCUGUUCUUGUGCUAAUCCUGCCCUGGCCACUCCCGUACAGCCAGUCGGUCGAGGAGAUCAUACACGAUCGGACAGCGUACCUACGAGAACAGUGUCAUUCGGCAGCGGUGCUUUCUGCCGGUGCUGACACAACCCCGAAGUACUACUAUCAGCAAGCAUUCCACAACUACUUCUAUCAGGCCCGAGUAGGGCUGCUCUGGUGCUCGAUCAGCAAAGUGGCAUCCUCUAGCUGGAUGUACCAGUUCAACCAGUGGGCCGGUGUUCCUCGUGAAAAGAUCGAUCGCAUGGCCACCGAAAUGAAGGCAUUGGCACGCGUCAACUAUCCUUUACCGACGCGUGCGGAUGUCGAGCAGAUUAAACUGCUAUCGGCUGCCGGUGUAGCCAACGAGCGCAUGGUAGUGGUGCGCGAUCCGAUGGAUCGGUUUGUCAGUACGUAUGAGGAUCUGAUCGUACGACCGAAGAGUAACAACUAUCUGCAUCUCCGACGUUUUAUCUUCCGUGAAGUGCACGGAGUGAACGUGAUGCAGAAUGAGACUGUCCCGGUACCGAGCUUUGCCGAUUUCACCGAGUUUGUGCUACGUAGGACGAACCUUCUGGAUCCACACUGGAACAGCUACUGGAACCUGUGCGAUCCCUGCUUUCUUGAGCCGACCUUUAUCGUGAAGCUGGAAACGUAUGAUCGAGAUGUGGCGCAUCUCCUACGACGCCUGAACUUGACCGCUAGCAAGGCGGAUCGGUUCGAAGGACAUCGAUUAAAUGUGAAUCAUGAUAGGAAGGGAGGAAGCCAGACUUCCUCUACCAAAUCACGCUCAUCGACCAUUGACCGUUUGGCAGAACUGACAGCGGAUCAGUUCGAGCGGUUAUACCAUCGGUACGAGCUAGACUUUCGAUUGUUCCAGUACGAUGCUAGCCAAUAUUUCGCGCUUUUCAAGUGAAAUCGUGCUAGGUACAAGCCACACACACACUCCGCGGGGCGGAUCCCGGAGUCCAAGUGAUUUAAAUAAAAUGUGAUAAACAAGGCGAACAGCAAUCGUGCGCGGAUUGUACAAUUACAGCAAUUUAUUUCUCAUUUGUACAAGUGCUCUGAUGUACAAUAGAGUGGCGGCCGCUUAAUCCACCGCAUUGGCUCCCACCAGCGUUGUACAACAAUAAUACUUAAUUUAUGGACAAGAGUUCAAACAGAUGGCAAAAAAGGAGAAGACAGAACGCAGACCCCCGGUCCUUCUUUGCUAGCAUUAGAAGGAGAAACGGUUAACUGUCGUUUACGGUUUACCGUACCGAGCUCCUAGCUCUUACCAAUGGCACACCAUUGUUCCGAGAAGCUAUUCAGGAUGCUGUUCUUUCAUAUGCUGUGCAAUGCAUAGGAGAUAAAGCUCAGCUGAAAUCUCUCGUCGUCUCGCCGUGAAAUUCAUAUAAUGACAACGAUCUGUGCGGGAAUAGGUCUGGAUUUUUUUCCAUGUCUCGUCACAUUCAGGAGAUGCAUGUUUCAAAUUGCUUUCCUUUUCUCCCUCUUGCCAUGAAUGUGACUUUUUGCUUUUUUCCACCAUUCAAUGCAGAAUACUGGUGGUACCGGUGGUAGUGUUUGCAUAGAAAUUAUGGAAAUAGUUGAAAAUCAGAACAUAAUAGAAACGUUAUGAUUACGUUUCAUGCUAGUUUGCAUUCCGUCUAUUCAGUAUUGAUAUUCGACUGUUCAGCGAUUGUCUCGGAAUUAUCGUGCUUCAGCCAGCGCCGGUGGGCCACUAAGUAGCCUAGCAUCCGCCCUAGCAAAUGCCAAGAAUUCACCGAAUAGAAGCUCGUGGCAUUUGCAUAGAAUAUUUCGUAAUCCUAAAACCACCCUCACGCUAGCGGCACUAUUCAUGGAAGAUGGUACACCGUCGCGUGCUGUCCGUGCAAGUGAGUGAAGGCUCGAAAUGGACCGCAAGUUUUGGAUAUGAUUCUGAUUUACAUUUUCAUGACACUCACCGCCAAUGCCCGAUGCGGUCGAUGUGUGUCGCGUGGCCUGAUUUGCAAGUUGCGUAUGUUAAACGUAUGCAAAUGUUGAUCUCCAAUAAACUCCUUAGGCCUGUCGACGGCCCAAGACCGACCGGUGUACCGUGAGGAGGAGACGUCGCACAUUAACCGAUGCAUUCAUAAUAUAUCUUUCCGUUUUCCCAACCGCUUAGCGCGAGAACCAGGUAACCAGAAUCCAGGGUUUUCGAUGAAGACAUUAAGAACCCGAACGAUCGGUGUCAUAUUAGCAUGCGUUAUUUGCGAUAGUUUCUGGGGUUUGCACGGCUAAAAUGAGUUUUCGCAACAAAGUUUCUAAAUUAUUAAAAUUUAUAAUUUCAAUGCAUCGUGGGAAAUCCUUCGAAUGCGAUCUGCAUCUGGUUGUGACUGGCGAGAAGCGGAUUUGCACCAGGAAGUAGGAAUCCGUAGGGGAAUGUUGUGCUUGGCUAAAACUAAAUCCCAUCAAACUGGUCUUCGGCACACACGGUUGCCACCGGAUGGCAACCUUGAUCCUUUGUGCCAACGAAUAUUGGACAGCAAAAUAAACAACCGGCCCUUCUAGUGGGAUGUCUUGUGCCGUCGUUCACAUGUGGCGGGCAGACACAACCAGACACACACACAGUAGGCGUUGGUUGCCCCGAGAGUAUGUAUCCUUACAUCACCGGCAUGACCUAGCAACAAACUGAACAUCCUUCCAUCUAUCACGCUUCUGUGCACAGCGGCCACAGACACACACACACACUCUCUAGUACAUACCUAUACCUAUGGCCAGAUUGUUGUGGUGUUCACCUUUGUGCAUAAGAGUGGUGAGAGCAGAAAUAUGUGGCACAGUACACCCCGGAAUGCUCUUGUGGUCCGAAACUUAUCCACGGGAUAUUGGGACAUCUCAUGCUGACAGCUCAUGUGGGUAUGCUGCAUGAUGUGCUCGACCUGCGCUGAAGGUAGAAUGACGUUGGCAUUAAGUGGCAACAAUGCACAGUGGCCGACACUAUAGUGGGACUUGCUGUUAGCACCCCAUAAUAGGGAACCCUAUUUAUGGUGCUGCCUUUGAAUAUAUUAAACUCGAUGUUAAUAUAUUGCAUUCCAAACUAAUUUCUAUCGCUGCUAAUACAACUUUUUUAAGACUUAUAUCUUAAUUCCAGCAAUGUUGCUUAAAUAAAUGACUUUUUCUAGUAUGGAAUUGGACCGUCAAUUUGUUGUGGGAAUGAAAAUGAAUCCUAACGGGCUAGAGACACUUCCGCCGUAUACGCCAGUCCAUAUGCCAGUAGCCAUUGCUGACGUUCUCUCGAUGUCGCUCGUCACGAAAUGCAACAGGAAACGGCUGUAUGUCUACGCUGUUCAAUACUGCUUAAUCAAUUUUCGCUGUGAUGCACCGGAAGCAGAAAGCUAGACGUAGGCCUUCCGGGGGCCGAUCAGAGAGUGAAGCGAAAAAAUCGGGAAUGUUUGCAAAAAAAUGGCCAUCGUUUCAAAUUGAAAAAUAGCAAUCGAAGUCGAAAAGCUGCUCCGCAAUUGCUGUGCUCCUCUACCUCUAUCGGGCACCGUCCGGCCAGCUUUGCUUUGCGUUUUGCCUGUGGCGGCUAUCCGGGUGACACUACAAGCUCCGACAGACCGAAAGGACGCCAUGAAUUCGUUUAUUGAAUUCACGGUCCAGCAGAACCACGCGACGUACGCUAUACGUCGCUCGCUGUACGACGCUGUUCUAGGGGGAGGUUCUAGGAUUAUCGAAAAAAACGAAACGAAAAAUUCUUGACGAGCAGAAGCAGAAUAUGAUGGAAUAGCUAGCAAUUCAUGCAGUUGUGCCAAUGUGCACCAGGUCCACGGGGAGGAAAAAAUGGAACACGAAUAGCUAUGUGAAGGUCGAAAGUGUGUAAUAAAUAGCGUGCAGUAUAUUUUUUAUCCGUACGCGUAGCCACGUGGUCACGACUAUUACCGGGAAGUGCAGGGAGAAGGUGUGUCGCUCCUUCUCCUGUGGUCUGUGAGAUUGAAAUGCAAUCUAGCGACAUCAAAUGCAUAUGUCCAGCGAAUGAAGUUUCUAUUUCUGUUUCUGCUUGAUAAACGGGAAAAUGGCGAAAAGAAAAGGUACGACUUUGAUAAGUGAAGCGAAACAGGUAUGAUGAUGAUGUUCACUAGAAGAUUUGUUUUAUUUUUAGAACGCUUGCCAUUGCCAAUGUCGACCCGGGUAAUACGUUCCAUUGUAGUCGCUGUGUCCGUAAAUGGUUCGAUUGAAUGAUAGCCGGACCUUUCCGAGUGGUCUGAGGGAACCAACAGCAAUUUCCGUAGAUUAGAAUUUGUUCGUUGUCUUGCGCAAGUGAUGGAAAAGCCACGUGCCGGCAAAAGUCAAUGGCUUUUUAAUUAUUCAAUUUCCAUUUCCACGCUAAGCGUUGGUGCGGCUGAUCACGGGAGAUAUGCGAAGAAAUUGGCCGCAGUGAUCGUAGUAUCGGAAUGAAUCAUUGGAUUCUGUGGAAAUCGGGGUCGGUUUUAAAUAUUUAAUGUCGAAUGUUUAUAGCAGAUUGGCACGUGUUCGGUAAACUGUUCGAUGUCGCAAUGUUUGCGUAAAUUUCUCAAAGACAAAAACAAUCCGAGGCUAUGGAUGUAGUACGAUUAGAAUUGAAAAUAAUAUCCACUAGCACUCCCGCAUCGCCGUUUGCUUCACGUGUCUUCGACAGAAAUUGUCAUUUAAAGCGUUAAAGCACACCCCCUUUUUGCUCGAUUGCGCCAUGUCAAUCUGCCACUGACGCCAUACACGUGCUUACAUAAACAAUAGCGGUAAUAGUGUAACGACAACAAUCGACCGCACCUGUUUCCUUGCGGCGGCAGCACCGCCAUGCGUCACUGGGAACGAUGCUGCUCGCAAGGUAAGGUGCUUAACCGUAAGAUGGAGGAAGAAAAACAACAGGAUGAAGAUGAGACAGCUGAAAUAUGAUAAGCCGAAAGCACCUCAGCCAUCAGCCGGGGACCACAACCUCUCUAAAAUCGAUACUCAUCCACUGGCAUUUACUCUGCUGUCGACCACGAGCACCUUGCGGUUGCGAAGUAUCAGCUCACACACACACACACACGUAAUCCAUUUGAUUGCCAGAAGA